UUUUUAAAAAAUAUAAACGAUCGCAUCAAUGAGAUAUUAAAAUAUCUCGAUAUGCCUGGUACGGGGUUUUGGGACGGGAGCGGCGUACAAGAUUUACCUACCACCGAUGUAGGCUUAGUUAUUUAUUGCUGACUCCUAGUUAGGGUCACCACGUCGUCGAAAUUGAAAAUAAAGAAUGAACAACAUUUCUGACCGAGUUAUUACAUGUUACGUUAUGUAUAUCAAUGUAAAUGUUCGGUUAAAAUCUAGCGGUUCUGAGAAGUUGGUUCUGAGGAAGCAAUGCACGUAUUCCGGAUUAUGUCAGCAGUCGUUCGUUUUUAACACUUCGUAUUCGUGUCAUAUUUCCGGUGAAUUGUUUUUGUCGUUGUUUCGGAUUGAUCAGCAGGGUGACACCAACAAUUUGUAAGAGAAAAUUUUCCCCGAUAUGGGAUAGACACGCCUGAGGACCUAACGAUGGCUAACAUCUUGUUGGCGGCUACCAUUGUCUAUAUUCUUUCCACAUUACUGCAGUUCUGUCAAGGACAAAUUUGCAAGUACCAUCAUUUGCAUGCUGACUGCUAUUACAGAAUCGAUGGAAUCUGUCUCUCCCAUAUCACCGUUGACAUUAACCAGUGUGAUGAUCCUAUCAGCCUGGAUUUAUCUAUAGAUUGCAAAAAUCCAGCAGUGGACUGGAAAGAAACAUUCAGCAUGGAAGUAGAGAGGAGAAUGGUCGGUGGUUUUGACAAAGAAGUAUUCAUAACAGUCCAACAGGGCUACACAGACAACAAAAAAUACAGAGUCAAUAUUGAUUUCAUCUCUGAAAGACUUGGAAAAGUUCAUUUUAUGGAUGAAAAGUUGGAUCUGAUAACGGAAGGGUGUACUACAUUGAAUGGUGCUGCCAAAGUUGCAGUAGGAGUGUUGGUUCCACUACUCGUCCUAGCCAUCGUAGCCCUAGUGGUCAUCAUCAUCAUCAGGAGAAGACAACGAAGGAAACAACAACUUACACAGGCAAUGUUGGUAAAUAAUCUGGAAGGAGCAGGCUCCUUGGAACCACCUGUUCAGUUGGACAGUACAGACGCCACACAAGACUCUUCGUCCUCCAGUAACACUUAUACAAAUGGAGAGGCUGUGGUCUUCUCACAGCUUCCACAGACACUGGUCGUGAAUGAAAAUCCAACAUGUUGAUGACACCUGGGACCGCUAUCAUUAACAAAAAUCCAACAUGUUGAUGACAAUUAAAGCCCACCGUAAGAAAUUAUGACAUAUUCAUGAAACCAUUCUCGUGCUCAAACAUGGAUUCUAUGCUCAAACCAACUUUAUUGUAACUUGCUUAAAUUCAAGGUCAAAACUCCAAGUUGAAACAUUGAAAACCAUAUUCAACUUUAAAUCAUCUUCAAAACUCUGCAAAAUUAUGGACAAAAUAUGAAUUUUUAUUCACUUUUCACUGGAACUAGAAAUUGAGUUCGAGCAUGGGAACUGUUUUCUAAAUACAUGCCCAGGUAUUUGUCAACUGCCAUGAUAGAGAAAUAUAUAACUGUUCAGUUGGAAUUUUUUGCUGGGGAUUUAAUUUCUCUAAGAUUGCAGGAAAUGAAUUACCUAGUGAAUAUUCAAUUCAACAUGCUCAAUAUCGUAGUUUAUGUUAUUAAAAAAAGUUUUAAUUAUAUACACGUACCCUCACCUAAAUACAAAAGUACACUUGUGAGUGCAAGUUUUAAUCCUGCGAAUUUGUUCUGAUCGGAACGACCUCAAAAUAUUAGCUCCCCAAAAUUAUACAAUUAUACAGAACAUAUUAUAUGCUAAAACAAUUAGGAUAUUUUCAUGGCACUCUUCUGUUUUCUGUCAUUCAGGAUUUAGGACAAAUUUGUAUAGUUUAUCCUUUAAAGGAGGUCGGUGUAUUACGAGGACACACACACACAUAUAUAUAUAUAUAUAUAUAUAUAUAUACAGGCUUUCUGUCAUGUCCAGUGAAAUCUUUAGGACAUAUAUAUGUAUAGUUUAUCCUUUAGAGGAGGUCGGUGUAUUAUGAGGACACACACACAUAUAUAUAUAUAUAUAUAUAUACAGGCUUUCUGUCAUGUCCAGUGAAAUCUUUAGGACAUAUAUAUGUAUAUAGUAUAAGUAUCUGUUGGAGUCCCAUGGAGUUAUUCAUUAGAACUUCAUUGAUACAGUAUAUUUUUAUCAUGAAUAAUUGAUACCAUACAUUUCAUUCUUUAACCCAGACAUUUUGGAUUGUGCUCUAUAGGAAUCAAUAUCAGCUUUAGUUUUUAAAACCCAGCAGAAACUAUGAAUCUCCUGUUUUGAGUAUAUAUACAAUAGUUUUUAGAUAUGGACGAGAGUUGUGAAGAUAGUGAGACAUGACACUGGAUGUCAAUUUGGUGCUUAACUAAUUAAAUAUUAGAAUUCAACAUUAAGUGUUGAAAUA